AUGCAUAAAGGAAGAUGUUUAGCUGUGGAGGGGCAAGCUAACAGCCCUGUGACAGGCGGCCCCGCCCGCGGCGACACCGCGCCGGGACAGCGGCGGGAGGGAGGCGGCACGGACGGAGAGGCUGAGGAGGCUCCAGCCGGGCCCGGAGCGGAGGGACCCGCACUGACCCCGGCCCUGCCCUGGCUGCAGCUGCGGCUGCCACAGCACUCGGCUGGGGAGGACACCGGGCUGAGAGCCGCAGUAAAAAUCUUCAAGAAAUCUUCUAUCCCAGGAGUUGUUAUCACUCAGUUUGUGAAUGAUGUUCCAGAAGGAUGCAGUACACCUGAUUUUGAGAAGAAACCACUCAGUCUGACAUUGCAAGAAGGCAAAAAUGCCAUUUUCAGAGCUGUGGUCAAAGGUGUCCCAGCUCCUGAGGUGAAAUGGUCGCGUACACGGAAAGGAAUGGAUGAUCCUGCCAAAUAUGAAAUGUCCUUCAAUAGUGCUACAAAUGAAUUCAUUCUGCAGAUCAAGAGCCUGGUUCUGGAUGACAGUGAUUUGUAUCGCUGCUGUGCUGUUAAUGCCUAUGGAGAGGCCUCGUGCUCUGCUGGCCUCAGGAUCAUCCAAGUUGGCUUUAAGAGGAAGGCAAAAUAUGUUCCUGUUCAUGCUGCUGAUGAGCUCAAGAAGACACUCCUGGACUCCAAGAAGCUGCUGAGGAAGAGGGUUGCAGCACCAAAACCGAAGCCCCUGGACAAAGAAGCUGUGUGGCAGCUGUUGCUGCAUGCAGAUAGGAGAGAUUAUGAGAAAAUCUGUAUGAAAUAUGGAAUUGUUGACUUCCGUGGGAUGCUGAGGAAGCUGCAGGAGAUGAGGAAGGACACAGAGAGUGAACAAGACAAGUUAAUUCACAGUCUCAAAAACUUUGAACACAUCAAAGUUGACAAGGAGGGAAAUGCUACUUUCAGCCUGGAGAUGGAGCUGAAAAACAGCAACAGCAACGUUUACCUGCUCAAGGACGGCGAGCGGCUCCGGUACGGGACAGGGGAUGAGUACAGGAAGCACUGCCUGCGGAGAGUGGGGAGGAGGUACUACUUCACUGUCAAUGAUGUGCAGCCAGAGGACGCAGGGGUGUACCAGGUCAGGGUGGAGGACGUCCCUGUCUUCUCAACUGAACUGGAUGCUCAAGCCAUCCCGGCGCGGUUCCGGCAGCCGCUCUCCGACGUGCGCUGUGCCGAGGCCGGGGACGCCGAGUUCCAGUGUGUGCUGUGCAUGCCCUGCCACCAACCCCUGUGGCUGCACAAAAGCCACCCUCUCCAGGCCAGUGACAAGCACCAGAUCUCUGUGACACCUGAUGGCCUGACCCACAAGCUGAUUGUCAGGAACGUGGGGCCCUCGGACAGCGGCCUGUACACGCUCGACGCGGGACAGGGCUCCUCCAGCGCCUGGCUCCUCGUGGAGUAUGCCAAAGGAAAGAGGAGACAGGAUGAAGGAGAAAAGAUUGGAAGGGAGACAUCUGAGUGGCUGAAAGAAACAAUGGCAGACAAUGAAAGGGCGAGGAAGCUUCGUCGCCAAGAACAAGCUGCUGCUGAAGAUCGUCCUUCCUUUUCCACAUCCUCUGGUGUGGAGAAAAGUGGCUGGUACAGAACAGGUCAAGGCAGCAGUCAAGGCAGGGGCCAAGGACACUCCAUUGAUUCUGAUGAUGGAAGCCAAAGAUUUUUGGGAAAAGAAGGGCUACGCAAAACCCACAUGAAUGGAGAGAUGGGGUCUGGGCAGUUUUCUGGAGCAGGUCUAGUUGGAGACUCGGCAGCCAAUGACGGCAGCAUCUUUGGACUAAAAGGCUUCGGGGGCAGAAGUGGGUUAAAGGCUGUCCAUGGCAUGGACUCUGUGUCAGGCAGAGCAGGUCCUGGUGGUGCAGUAGGAGGGGCAGGUGAAUGGAAUUCUGUGGAUGGCAGAGGUGAAGGUUUGCUGGGUGCUGCUAACAUUGACAUGGAUGAUGGAGAAGGUUUGGGCUCUCAGCAUGACAAGGAUGGGAAUUUAGGUGAUGCCAGUUACAGAGCGGGUUUUGGGGGUGCUGGGAGGUUCAGUGGUGGAAGUUUUGUGCCAGAUGGGCUUGAUCCUGAUUCAGCUGGAGUGGGAGCCAGAGGAAUGAGAUUCCACCAUGGCAAGGAUGGGCAUGCCACUGUGGGUGAUAUGAAUGGAGCAGGUAUAAACAGAGAGGGACAAACAGGGACUCCCUAUGGCAAGGCUGGCCUGACACCUCAUGCCAGUGGUCAGUUAGGGCAGACAGGAAGAUCUGGCUCAUUGUAUGGGCCAGGAGGCCUUCCAGGUGGAGAUGGGGCUACAUCUGGUACAGGUGGCAAUUCCAUAGGAGAAAUGGAGGCUUUGUAUGGUCCAGAUGGUCAGGCACUGGGACUGGCUGGUGGUGCUGGUGGAGCUGGUGCAGGGGGAUUUGGGUCUCCCUAUGGAAAGGAUGGUCUCCCAGCUGGGGGUGGUUUUGGUGGUGUUGGUGCAGGGGGACUUGGAGCUCCCUAUGGGAAAGAUGGUCUUCCAAUUGGAGCAGGUUCUGGUGGGGCUGGUGGUGCAGGGGAACAUGGAUAUCUCUAUGGAAAGGAUGGUCUCCCAGCUGGGGCUGGUGGAGCUGGUGCAGGAUUUGGAGAGGCUUUGUAUGGUCCAGAUGGUCGGCCACUUGGAGCAGGUGUUGGUGGUGGUGCUGGUGCAGUGGGGUUUGGAGCUCCCUAUGGAAAGGAUGGUCUCCCAGUUGGAGCUGAUGUUGGUGGAGUUGGUGUAGCUGGUGUAGGGGGAUUUGGAGCUCCCUAUGGAAAGGAUGGUCUCCCAGCUGGAGCAGGUGCUGGUGGUGCAGGAGGAUUUGGGGAGGCUUUGUAUGACGGUCGGCCACUUAGAGCUGGUGUUGGUGCUGGUGGGGGUGGUUCUGGUGCAGGGGGAUUUGGAUCUCCCUAUGGGAAGGAUGGUCUCCCAGCUGGAGCUGGUGGAGCUGGUCUAGGAGGACUUGGAGAGACUUUGUAUGGUCCAGAUGGUCGGCCACUUGGAGCAGGUAUUGGUGGGUCUGGUGGUACAGGGGGACUUGGAUCUCCCUAUGGAAAAGAAGGCCUCCCAGCUGGAGCUGGUGGAGCUGGUGCAGGAGAAUCUGGAGAGGCUUUGUAUGGUCCAGAUGGUCGGCCACUUGGAGCAGGUGUUGGUGGUGCUGGUUCUGCAAGUGCCAGGGGAAUUGGAGCUCCCUAUGGAAAGGAUGGUGUCCCAGCUGGAACAGGUGCUGGUGUUGGUGGUGCAGUGGGAGUUGGGGGUCCCUAUGGAAAGGAUGGUCUCCCAGCUGGAGCAGGUGCUGGUGUUGGUGGUGCAGGGGGAGUUGGGGGUCCCUAUGGAAAGGAUGGUCUCCCAGCUGGAGCAGGUGCUGGUGUUGGUGGUGCAGUGGGAGUUGGGGGUUCCCAUGGAAAGGAUGGUCUCCCAGUUGGAGUAGGUGCUGGUAGGGCUGGUGGUGAAGGGGGAGCUGGAGUUCCCUAUGGAAAGGAUGGUCUGCCAAUUGGAGCAGGUGUUGAUGGUGGUGUUGGUGCAGGGGGACUUGGAUCUCCCUAUGGAAAGGAUGGUCUCCCAGCUGGAGCUGGUUUUGGUGUUGGUGGUGCAGGGAGACCUGGAGCUCCCUAUGGAAAGGAUGGUCUCCCAGCUGGAGCAGGUGCUGGUGUUAGUGGUGCAGGGGGAGUUGGGGGUUCCUAUGGGAUGGAUGGUGUCCCAGUUGGAGCAGGUGCUGGUGGGGCUGGUGCAGGGGCAUUUGGGUCUCCCUAUGGAAAGGAUGGUCUCCCAGCUGGAGCUGGUGUUAGUGGUGCAGGAGAGGCUUUGUAUGGUCCAGAUGGUCAGCCACUUGGAACAGGUGGUGGUGGUGCUGAUUCUGUGAGUGCCAGAGGAACUGGAGCUCCCUAUGGAAAGGAUGGUGUCCCAGCUGGAGCAGGUGUUGGUGAUGCAGGGGGAGUUGGAGGUCCCUAUGGAGAGAAUGGUGUCCCAGUUGGAGCUGGUGUUGGUGGUGCAGUGGGAGUUGGGGGUCCCUAUGGAAAGGAUGGUGUCCCAGCUGGAGCAGGUGCUGGUGUUGGUGGUGCAGGGGGAGUUGGGGGUCCCUAUGGAAAGGAUGGUCUCCCAGCUGGAGCAGGUGCUGGUGUUGGUGGUGCAGUGGGAGUUGGGGGUCCCUAUGGAAAGGAUGGUCUCCCAGUUGGUGCAGGUGUUGGUGGUGCAGGGGGAGUUGGGGGUCCCUAUGGAAAGGAUGGUGUCCCAGCUGGAGCAGGUGCUGGUGUUGGUGGUGCAGGGGGAGUUGGGGGUCCCUAUGGAAAGGAUGGUCUCCCAGUUGGAGCUGGUGUUGGUGGUGUAGGGGGUGUUGAGUGUCCCUAUGGAAAGGAUGGUGUCCCAAUUGGAGCUGGUGUUGGUGGUGCAGGGGGAGUUGGGGGUCCCUAUGGAAAGGAUGGUCUCCCAGUUGGAGCAGGUGCUGGUGUUGGUGGUGCAGUGGGAGUUGGGGGUCCCUAUGGAAAGGAUGGUCUCCCAGCUGGAGCAGGUGCUGGUGUUGGUGGUGCAGGGGGAGUUGGGGGUCCCUAUGGAAAGGAUGGUCUCCCAGUUGAAGCAGGUGCUGGUGUUGGUGGUGCAGGGGGAGUUGGGGGUCCCUAUGGAAAGGAUGGUCUCCUAGCUGGGGCGGUGGCAGGAGCUGCUCAUUUUUCUCUUGGAGGUGAGGAAGCAAUGGGAUCUGGCCAUGGCACAGAUGCCGCACUGAGCAGAGCUCUGGGAUAUGCAGGUGGAGCAGGAGGAGAGGGCUUUUCCAGGGAGGGCUCUGCACUGUGGGGUGCAGGGUCUCCUUAUUGUGAGGACAGAGGGUCAGCUGUAGCCACAGCUGGUGCAGGUGGAGUUGGGAGGUUGGGAGGGGAUGAAUGGGAUUCAGUCCAUGGUAAAGGAGGUGUGGGAGCUGCUGGUGGACCAGGUGGUGAAUAUGGGCUGAACGCACAUCUUGGCAGAUCUUCGAGAGGUGAAACUGGAAAGGGCACUGCCAGUGAUGUCAGAGGGCCAGGGAACAAAGGUUCAGCUGGUGACAGAGGGUCCCUGCCUGGUCCAGGAGGAGCCAGGGGAGAGGGCAGAGAUUUCAGACAGUUGGGCUCUCUCUAUGGCACAAAUUCUGCCUUUGGAGAGGCAGGGAGUAAAUCCCAUGACAGAUCUGUUGAUGGGAGUAGUUCAGGAGGGUUUGGUCAAGGUCCACUGAGUUAUGGCCAGAUGUCAGGUCCUUUUGGUGGACCUCCUUCAGCAAACCAGAGAAACCAGGAACCUGACAUGGAUCUUAAAGCAAAUGAUUCCCUGAACACAGAAAGCACAGCACAAAAGAGACGGAGUGUCCUGGAUGAUCUCAAAGUCCCACGCUGUUACCUCAACAAGCAGCUGGCGACCGUGCGAGUGCUGAAGGGGGACCCAGCUGAGCUGUCCUGCACUGUCAGCAAGGACAAUGUGACAGGAACCUGGUUUAAGGAUGGCCUAAAGUUAACAAGCAUGGAUGGAGUUGUCUUUGAAAAGAAAGGUCUUGUCCACAAACUGAUCAUUAACAAGGCUGAAGAUAUUCAUGCUGGGAAAUACAGGUUUGAAGGUGGAGAUGUAAAAACUGAAGCUUCAAUUUUUGUUGAAGAUCCUCCCCAGGUGGACAAAGUUCUCCUCAAGAACUUGACCAGUGUCCCCACAGUGGCCAAGGCUGGGGAGGGGGUGAAGCUGCGGAUCCCAUUCGAGGGUCGGGGGCCCAUCAGGGCGGCGUGGCUGAAGGACAGGAUGGAGCUGGGGGAUGACACCAGGAUCCGUGUGGACAAGACAGACACCUGCACCACGCUGUCCAUCUCCAGCUGCGACAGGAGGGACUGUGGGGAUUACAAAGUCAGGCUCAAGAACGACAGUGGUGUCCUGGAGAUCAACCUAAAGCUCAUGGUGAUAGACAAGCCACAGCCUCCAGCAGGACCCAUCAAAAUUGUAGAAAGCUCCGCCAACAACAUCACAAUCCAGUGGAAGCCCCCAAAGGAUGAUGGGGGCAAACCAAUACAAAGGUACCUCGUGGAGAGGCAGCAGGUGGGCAGGAACGACUGGGAGACACUGGGAGAAACCCCCAGGAGCUGCACCAGCUUCACCAUGAGCAAAGUGGAGGAAGAGAUGAGCUACUACUUCAGGGUGAGAGCCAUGAAUGCCGAGGGAGUGAGCGAUGCGCUGGAGUCAGGGGAAGUGAAGGCUGCUGGUAAAGCUUCCCCUGGUGCCCCCGAUCCUCCUGAGAUCAUCAGUGCCAGCAGAGACACCAUCACCAUAUCCUGGAAAGCUCCUUGUAAAACCGGCACUUCCCAAAUUAUGGGAUACAUUGUUCAGAAACGCAAGAAGGGCACUGUGACCUGGCUGCCAGUCACCAAUGUGCCUGUCAAAGACAAGAAACUGAAGGUGACCAGCCUCAAGAAGGGUGUGCAGUAUGAGUUCCGUGUGGCAGCUGUCAAUGCUGCUGGCACAGGACAGCCCAGUGACCCCUCAGAGCCUGCCUUUGCCCGGGACCCCACCAAAUCUCCAGGCCAAGUGCAGGACCUUAAAGUGAGCAGCAGUGACAGCACCAGCGUCACCUUGACGUGGAACAAACCUGAAGUACAAGACGGGAAUGAUGUAAAAGGCUAUGAGGUGGAGAUGAGGCCCUGUAACAGCCUCAGCUGGACCAAGUGCUUCACCCUCCCUGCAGAGAGCACCUCGUGCAGGGUGCAGGGCCUGCAGGCCCGGGAGAAGCUGUUCCUGCGCGUCAGGGCCCUCGGCGACGGCGGCCCCGGGGAGGCCUCGGAGCUCGAGGCGUGUGCUGGAGCUUCUGCUGCCCUGGUCUCUCCCAGGUUACUGAUAGAUGACACAGUGAAAAGCUUCCUGGUUAUAAAAGCAGGGAAUCCCAUCCGGGUGAAGAUUCCCUUUGAGGGAUCUCCCGAGCCGCUGGUGACCUGGUUAAAGGAUGGGCUCCCCCUUCCCAGCCGGGCUGCCGUGAGCACCGAGGAUGGGAGCAGCCAGCUGCUGCUCAGGGCAGCCGAGCUCAGUGACAGCGGCACCUACACUGUGGAGCUUGGGGAUGGGCUGGGGAAAAGGGAAACCUUCAGCUUCCAGGUUCAAAUUACAGAUAUCCCUCAGCCCCCUGGAGCCAUCCGGCUGGAGGAGAACGUGCCCAACACGGUGACAGUGACCUGGGACCCCUCAGCAUCUGAGCAGUGGGAGAAGAACCUGUAUUACACUGUCCUGAAACGGGAAUCCCAGAAGGGCCUGUGGCAUGUGCUGGGGGAUCUGAUCUACAACAACAAGUUCACCUUCACCAGGGUGGUCCCAGGCAGAGAUUAUUACUUCAGGGUUGUGGCAAAAAAUGACCUGGGAGCCAGUGAUCCAUCAGAGACUGUGCAGCCCUGGAGGAUCUGGAAAAAAAAAGCUGAAUUUCGAGUGAAAGCACAGAAAUACAGAGCAGUCAACCAGAACCAGCACCCGAGGUUCCUGGUGCCACUUAAGUCACACGUGGUGGUGACAGGCAGCGAGUGUCACAUGAGCUGUGCUGUUGGAGGCCAUCCUCCACCAAAAAUCACAUGGUACAAGGACAGCAGAGACCUCUCCAGAGAUCCCAACUACUUCUGCACCAACGACUUUGGAGUGUGCUCCCUGGUGGUGCUGGGGGUCACCAAGCACGAUGAGGGGGAGUACAUGGUGGAAGCCAGCAAUGAAGUGGGCCGUGCCUUCAGCAAAGCCUUCCUCGCCAUCAAAGACUCCUCCCUGUAGCGUGGCCCUGCUGAGAACAUCCCUGCAUGGCUCUGAGGAUGAGAAGGUUUUGGUGAGGACUCGUCCAUAUGAAGGCUGUGCAUUUCUUGUCAGUUGUUCGCAGUCUGAGGGUGUUAUUUUUCAGAUCCAGUAAUUGCAUGUGGAACAUGGUGCUGCACUGCCAUUAAUACUGGGGGAAAAAAGCUUUAAGAGCACUGUUUUGUUUUUGUUUUUGUUUUUUUUUUAAUGAUCAGGCUUUCUAUGAGACCUUUAAAACACAGCUUAGAAGCUUCAGGAACACAGAAGAUGAGAGGAAAAAUAAUUGGCCAAAAUGAAACUUUCCACGGAGAACACAGGUGGGAGAGACCAUCCUGCUACACCUGCAACAAGGACCUUUUUGGACAUCAGGGAUCUUUAGUCCUUUCACAUAUGCUUUUUCAAGCCAUAACAAUCACUUUGGAUUCCAUGUGAUUCUCUGCAGGUUUCCCAAAUCUGGCAAAAGCAGUUCUGCAUAUGUUCUACUACCAGUAGCUGCUAAGUAGAUUAUCUUAAGUUUAAAAGAUCAUCUGCCUGCUCCUUUUGUCUGGGCAGGAGAUGAAACCUCAGACUAGCCUGACAUGGGGUAGGUGAAGCUCCCAGUGCAAAUGCAUGGGUGGGAAGGAGUGGCAGGUUACAACCACUGUGUGAGCAGAGCAACUCCCAAAAUCCAUAGCAUGUGCCGUACAAAGGCUGUGUCAGUCCUGAAUCACCCCAGCAUCACCUGUGCAUCCCAACUGCCCCUGGUCACGGCACUGCUGGAAGGCUUUGCCUUGAGCAGAAAGAGGGGAAAAAUCCUUCCUGUCUGCCCAGAAAUACGAGGGACCCCCAGGGACCUCCUGCCAUGGCCAGGGGCUCCCAUCACUGGGCCUGGACAGCAAAAUGUUCUGGUGGCUGUAGGAGGGUGUCACAGCCAGAGCACCAAGGGUACUUCGUGACAGGAGAGAGCAGAGCCGAACACAGCUGUGGGGCCGGAAUGUUCCCGGGAUUACAUUUUGUACAAUGUACAGAUGUACAUUGCUUCAGAUGUAGCAGCAGUAGAUAAUGAAAUUAAACCACAAUUCAGUGAAAUCUACCCCGAGUCCAUGUUUAUUCUGGAGAAGGAAUCCCAGUCAGUUUCGGGAUCCCUGUCUGCUGCAGUUUCACAUGCGAUUGCUGCACAUGGUCAUCCCUCAUGGAAUUGCUCCCGCAGCUCCUCCUCCUGCGGGGCUGGAGGCAGGGGAUGUCACCUGCAGGGCAUACUCGCUUCUUGACUGAUAAAUACAAGAACCAAGAUUGAUGGAAACCGGAACUGGAGUUGAGGGACCUCGGGAAGCCCCGGCACAGCAGGAG